GCAUAAAAUAAAAACAAAUUCCACAAAAAAUGAUUGAACUCCACCAAAACGGCAAAAUUCGAAUAAAAGUCGAAAUGAUGAGACCCUGCCGAUGACAUCAGUGCGAUGACAAAAUGCGAUCUGACAGCGUAAAAGUCAGUUGAGCCCAAUUUCUUUGUUUAUAUUUUUUUUGCACACAAAGCCGGUUCAAUUGGGCAUCGUGCGAGUCGCAAAAGAGUCAAAUUGGAAUUUUUGCUUAAAAAUCCUCAAAAAAAAUCGUCCGAAAAAGUAUUUUAGCGUAUCAAUUAAAUUGGAUGAAUUGUCGGCAGAGAUCAAAGGCUUACAAUUAUUUGCAUAAAACAAAUAAAAUCCAACAGGUGCUAGUUCCGGUUUGAUUUGAUUUACCGAUAGGAAAUCGUGAUAAUACCUAUUAUUGCCAGCCAAAACACCGACUGAGUUAGAAGUAUUCUCUGGCAAAAUUUUGAGUCUGUUGAUGAAAUUUUGUGAUUGACCAAACAGAGCAUCAGCGAAAAAAACGGUCAAAAUUACAAACACUCAUAAAAAAAAGUACGUAGAAGCUGCGUGAUAAACAUUGUGAAAAAAGUGCUUUAAAUUCUGCGUCGCAAAAAUGGAUUUGCCGCAUUCACCAUCGACGAAGCGUAAGCGAGUGGAGACGGGUGGUUCGAUUGAUGAGCCAGCAACAAGUAGCAAAAGUGGAUUUGCGUCAAAGAUAUUCCGGCGCCAGUAUUUGGAUGAAAAAACGGCUGAUGUGUAUUUCAUUUGUGGCCGAAAACAUGAACGAGUUCCAGCCCACAAGAGUGUGUUAUCAAAGGCAAGCGAUGCAUUUGAUCGAAUGUUCUAUGGUCCAAUGGCUGAAGAAAAUGAUGUAAAAUUGCCGGAGACCAAUCCCGAAGCAUUUAAAGACUUUUUACAAUUUUGUUACCUCGAUGAAGUGAAUCUAAACCUGGAGCAUAUCGUUGAAAUAAUGGAUUUGACCAAUAAAUACUGUAUGCCCGAGUGUUUGGCAGUGUGUGGCACUUUUUGGGCGAAACAUUUGACGUUUGACGAUAUUUGUUGGGCAUAUCACUGGGCAAUUUUCUACCAAGAAAAAGAAUUUAUUGAGUUUUGCGAGCGAAAAAUUAGCGCUUACCCACAAUUGGUCUUUGAAUCGACCAGUUUUCUGCGAUGUGAGCACAUUGUUCUGGACCAUAUUCUGGAGCUGGAUUCUUUGUUGUGCGAUGAAACAACCGUGCUUGAGGCUUGCUUGGAAUGGGCUCGAAAUGCUUGCAAUCGCGAUGGUCUCAAUCCAACUGAUAUGAAGAAUUUGCGACUUCAUCUUCAAGAUGCGCUCUAUAAAAUUCGCUACAGUUCAAUGACCGCAACGGAAUUCCGCGAGCACAUGGAUUCAUAUGACGGUUUUUUCACCGAUGUCAAAGAGUACGAAGAUGUGAUUCGAAUGCUUUCUGGAUCGAAACAUUUGAAAACCGGUCGAUUCAACCCGAAUCCAAGGUCGACGAACAUUUUCCAAUGGGAUGAAAGCCGCGUUUUCAAGUGCAAAUUCACGAAUAACAACAAUUCAUCGGUGUUUAGCUCCAAUAAACCAAUGUUAUUGGGUGGAUUUUACUGUGCACCAAUUUCGGAAGCCACCAAUUGGCGCAACACACAAGUCGAUAUGACUAUUUCCGAAGAACCAAAAGGGCUGGGAUCCGAGAAAACAACACCAAAAAUCAUUUUGACCAGGCAAAUCAAGCUGGACGCAAAGGAAGAAACUUAUGUGGAAUUUACCGAAAGCGGUGAACCCAUUAUUAUCAAACCGGAAUUCAAGUAUCGCAUCAAUUUCAAGCCAAUUAGCUCGGGUGAUUUACCAUAUUACGCCAUUUAUCGAAGCCGAGAGAUAAAACUGGACCAUGAAACUGUCAUUCAAUUCCCACAAGAAGGCAACGAAGAAGAUCGAGCCAUUAUCAAACGAUUCAAAUUCAAUCAGUUGUAAGUUUGAGGAGAGAUUUUCGGCUUUUCAACUGAAUUGGAUUUUUGACUUUGUCGAUUUUUUAAUUUUUUCGAAUCUUUUUAUUCAAAUUUGAAAUUUUUUUACUAUAAUUUUUGAUCAUCACAUUUCAAGUCACUCUAAUGAUUGCCUCAUUUUGCAAGUGUUGUUUUUCUUCUUUCACUUGAUGUAAGCCGAAGAGAACAAACGACGCAAAAGUGUAAAGUUUCAAAGGUCGCUUUGAUUGUGUCAUAACAAAAUCCAUCUCGAUUUGUUUAUCUAGGCGCCCAUGGGCAUAUCAAACACAAACUAAAUCAAAAUCUCAACCUAUAGAUCUUGUACUUAAUUUGAACUCUGAGUCUUUUUCGCAUUUUUUUUUAUAUUUUUUAUACCAUUCUACUCUUUGAACGAACAUUUCAAUAAAGUUUUGCAUGAAGAAAAAAAAA